AUGGAGAAGUAUCAACACAUGAGGAAGUUCAUUUCGGCGACUUUGGAAUAUACCAAACAUGCCGAUGAAACUACUGCAGCUGAGUUGGAGAGAAAUCUGGUGGUGAUAAGUACAUUGCCGGAUCUGAGCUUAUUCCAUCCUGGAUCCUGUAUCGUUGCAGAAUUUUAUGUUAGUCUAUAUAAACUGAUUAACUCCCUAGACUCUAGAACUACUUUAAUAUGGAGCGCGAUAUCUGCUGUGCAAAAUGCAUGCCGAAAUGAUGCGGCAAGACGAGCAUUGAUUUAUACUUAUAAUUUUGCUCCGAUUUUAGGUAGAUUAUUAAAGGCAAAUUUAAUCUCGGAGAAGAGAAUACGGGUAUUGAAACUGCUGCAGGAGUUGACAUACGGAAUAAAGAUUUCUUGGCAAGAAGCACAUUUGCCAGAUUUAAUAUCGACGCUUACCCAGUGGAUAACGCAAUCAAGCGAGGAAGAUGUCAUCGCCCUUUCAUUAGGGGUGUUGGUCAAUCUUUGUUACAAAAAUCUUCCCGCAGUAUAUACAUUGAUGCGUAAGAUUGAUAUGAAUGAAUUUGUAAAAUCAUUGCUGAAAAUGCAGAGUUGCAGUGUCAGUACGAGAGUGCAUUGUUGUAAAUUGCUGCUUAUUCUCGAAUACAAUAAUAGAGAAAUCUCGGAGAAGAAAAUGAUGGAUUUCAUUGCAGUUACGUUUCUUAGUUUAAAAGAAGCCUUGAAUAAUAAAGAUGCACUACUGUUACGACAUAUUGUAGAUUUCUUUGAAGAUGCCAGGCAGAAUCAUCAUGCAGCCCUUUUAAUGUACCCGAAUUACGCUACGGAGGUUGAGAAUGUACUAGAUACGGUUAACAGCCAGUCUGAUCAUAAGUGUGUUUCUCUAGUAAUGGAGUUCUUAUCGUUACUAGUAAAGCUUCAAAUUUCUGCUUUGCUUCCACUGUAUUCGGCCUGCAUCGAAACUGCAAUGAUCUGGAUUCCUAUAGAACAAGUAUGUUCGAAAGCAUUAGUUCUGAUACGAACGAUCGUGAUAGAUACCAGACGUACUAAAAGCAGUGCCGAAGUCUUCUCGAAGUUGGACCUGUCCACCCUGAUGCACUGUGUCAAUUUUGAGGGAGACGACGAAAUGCAAGGAAUGGGCGAGAAACGAAGUACCGAGACUCAUGCACGACUUACCGAACUUAUGCAACUUCUUCAAGAAAUGGUUAAGCUGCCAGAUCUUAAAAAUAAAGUAAUGCAGGCUUUCACCGAACAGACAAUGAGGGACUUGCUGAUUCCGAUACUAGAACGAGAAGAAAUUCGGGCUGAAGAAGACUGGCCUAGAAAUUUAUUUCAUGAUCCUUCGACUACCCUGUAUGUUCAUGCCCUGGCACUGACUGCAGAUCUCGCUCCUCACAAUUCCAACUGGCUCACUUUGUACUCAGAAUUAUUACAAUGUAAGCAAAUGCAAAUGGUAAUGGCAGUUGCUUUACUUAACGGUGACAUAGAAGUGAAACAAAAAAUUCUCCUUCUGCCACUGUCGGUAGGAUUUCCUCAAGAAUGCACAUCUGGAGUAGCACGUUGUAUGCGAGAAUUGGAAACUUUAAUGCUGAUGCCAGCAGAAUCAGGAAUUUUUGAUGGAAACAAAUCAAGGACUACUAGCAAUGUUGCCGAGAUGGUACCACUAUUCUCAUUGACUCAAGAAGGUCGACUAGACAAUUUCAUCGCUAGGCUAGGGGAGGUUUUCGAAAGAAAUCAAGCUAGUGACGUUACCAUCUCUAUGGUUAUGGAACUAUACGAAUAUAAGUUAGCAGUCAUGAAAGAUGCAGAGAGAGCGACGCAAGCCAGCUUGGAAGCUGCGAACAACCAUUCGACCAGUAUGCAACAUAGGUUGGCUCAGGUUCUUGCCGAAUCCAGCCGCUUGCAUCAGCUGCUAUUCUACACUCAACAAUGUCUUGAAGGCAUGCAAGCUGAAAAAAAAGCAUCGACAACAAGACUCCAGAAAGCCGAAGUAGAAAGUAAAAAAAUUCAUGCCACGCAGAUUCAGGAAAUCAAAAGUCUGAAGAAGAUAAUAACGGAGAAAAGCGAGACGAUAGAUGAAACGAUGAAAGAGCUGGAAGAGUGCAGAGUUACGAUAGCAUCUCUGGAAAAAGUAGUAGAAGAGUCUCGUAAAGAACGUUCCGUUGUAGAGACAAAACUCCAACAGUUAACUGCCAAAGAACAGGAUUUGUCACAAUUACUGCACAAAACGGAAGGUGCAUUAGCCAGAAAAAAUCAGGAGAUCGAAAGUCUCGAAAAGAAAAUUGCAUCCUUCAAUGAAAACGUUUCUGCCCUACGUCAAGAGAUCGAUCAAUUAACGAAGCAAGGCAACACGUACCAAAAAGUCAUAGCUGAAAAAGAAGAAUCCAUUAAGAAAUUGCAGAACGAAUUAACCGACCUCAAUCGUAUACGCAAUAUAAUCUUUGAACUUACCGCAAAACAAAAGGACGAAUCAAAUGCGAGUUGACGAAACGUCGUGAGAAUUGUUACAGUGUAAAGACAUGUAAAUGGUAAUGGCACUUGCUGUAUUUACUGAUGACACAGAAGCUUUAAUUUUUUUUCUAUUUUUAAAUAAUAUUUGUAUUUAAAAUUAGAUCUAAACGAAAUGGCGCUGCCAUCUUCAACUUACUUUCUGACAUGUUAUGGACAGAUUUUCACUUUAUCAGGUAUCCAUACAGUGAUAUCUUUUAGCCUGCUAUAUUUAGCAAUAUAUAACGUUAGACUUCUUUUAGAUAUCUCUUCGUCGGGUCGAAAAGAUGACUUCAAGAAGACAGCUUUUUGUCAUCUUUACGGUAAAUGUGGUAUUUGGAGACUUACUUCAAGCUCUUCAAUUUGCGUUUUUUCGACGCGCUUGUUUGAUCAUUUUUCAAUUAAAAAUUAUAAGCAAACGAUGUGCUGUAGAAAAAAGUAGUACAGAACUUUUCAACUCCAUUUCCGCUAGGGAUGGCGUUGUUUAAACACUAAUGUUGCCUUCAUCCUGUCCAAAUGCGAGUUUAUCGAUUACUAGAGUGUUCUAAAUUGUCGUAAAAUUGUCCUGACCCUUUUGUUUCUCA